CGCAUGCGCAGAUGGGAUGUAAAUAUUGCGGCUGACGGCAAGGAAGUAAAAAUCAUGUGAAGGGAAGGCAGACCAAAAAUGUCAUCCGUACGGCUAGAUGUGGGUAAGGCUGGUACUACCCAUGUCAGCUUUGUGUGCCAGCGAUGCAGUCAACCUCUCAGGCUAGAUCAUUCCUUCAACAACUUAGAGGCUGAUCGUCAAACUGUAGAAGAUCUAACAGCACCACUUAUUCAGGUGAUUCCAAAAGAUGGUGAAGACACAAUCGACAUAAUUCCUCUGCAAAUACAGAAUGGGUCAUCAAGUCAAGAGCAGGCCAUAUUUAAAAAGACCAUACCAUCAGCCAGGUCUGUAUCAUUGGACAGUGGCCAUGACUUCACACUCCUGGGAGAAUCUGAACAGGGGAAUAUGGAAAACCUCAGUCACAGAAUAAAAGUGACAACUCAUCUUUUUGAUAUUAUGUCUGGACAGUCUGAUGUUGAUCACCCACUGUGUGAGGAAUGUACAGACACUCUGCUGGACCAGUUGGACCAGCAGUUGAAAAUAACAGAAGAUGAACUGAAGGAUUACAGAGAUUUUCUGGAGAAGAUAGAAGGAGAUGGAGGAGACAUUCAGGAAGAGGAUUUAGACAAAGAGCUGAGCCAGCUUAAAUCUGAGGAGAGUUCCCUUAUGCAGCAACUAGAAAGUAUUGAAUCUGAACAUCUGCUGGUUCAGGAGCAGUUAAGGAAAGAAAAAGAAGAUUCAAAGAAAUUAGAUGAGGAGGAGGAAAGGUAUUACAAGGAGUACAAUGAAUAUAAAAGACAGCUUGUGGAGUAUGAAGAGAGCCAGAGAAGUAUUGAUAACCAGUUGAGGUAUGCUCAGGUUCAACUUGAAAAACUUAAGAAAACCAAUGUUUUCAAUGCCACAUUCCAUAUAUGGCAUAGUGGCCAUUUUGGGACAAUUAAUAACUUCAGGUUGGGAAGACUUCCAAGUGUUCCAGUAGACUGGAAUGAGAUUAAUGCUGCCUGGGGACAGACAGUGCUUCUCCUUAAUGCACUAGCCAAUAAGAUGAACCUAAAAUUUCAGAGAUAUCGUCUUGUGCCAUAUGGAAAUCAUUCCUAUGUGGAAUCUCUAGCAGAUAAAUCCAAAGAGCUGCCACUGUAUGGCUCUGGGGGUUUUAAGUUCUUCUGGGAUACUAAAUUUGACCAAGCAAUGGUGGCAUUUCUAGACUGUUUAGAACAGUUCAAAGCAGAGGUAGAAAAGGGAAAUACUGGGUUCAAUCUACCAUACAAAAUAGACAAAGGAAAGAUAGAAGAUACCAGUACUGGGACAUCUUAUUCAAUAAAGAUCCAAUUCAACUCUGAAGAACAAUGGACAAAAGCAUUGAAAUUCAUGUUGACCAAUCUUAAAUGGGGGCUAGCCUGGGUGUCAUCACAGUUUGCUAACAAAUGAAAAAAAAAAAAUGGGUAUUCUGAACACUCAUUUUAUCAUUUUUAAUCCAGUAUAUGGACUUCUACAUUUUUCUCAGUAAGAAACUUCUUAUUAUCAGAUCUAUGAUCGAUAGUGUCUUUUGUGGUAUUUGAUGGAAUGUCAAGGAUUAUGGCCUGUUAAUAAAAUUCGGCAUUACUGAAGGAAUUGGAACUUUACAUUUAGUAAUGCUGUAUAAUGGUUUGCUUCAGACAUGAAACCAUUUUGCAAUAUAUUUGUCUAGCCAAAGACUUGCACAUCUCCCAUUUACAAAAGAAAAAAAAUGUGAUUGGUGUGGUAACAUCUCUUACUAAGAUUUCUAUUUCAAGGAGUACAUUAUAACAGUUGUCUUUUUGUGGAAGGAUAAAUAAAAAGGAAUGGACCUGUGAGAGUCCAAUUUGGAAUAAAAAACAAUUAUGAUAUCACAAA